AUGGAUGAAUACACUGCCGACGCCUUCGCCAACCGAGAUGAGCCCGUUCCCCUCAUCACAGUCUCGCAAAGUGACCUUGAUGAUGCCUCUUCAUCCGAAGCCGACACUACAACGCAGAAAGGAAGGAUCAAGAGCCGCCUCUCUCCAUCCCGCUUGAUGUCCAAAGGUCAAGAACUCGCCGCCGCUCAGAUUGAGAAAUAUGGAUCGAGUCCAGGAGCCAAGGUGUCUCUCCAGGACAGGUUGUUCUCCAAACUCCUUCAACAAGUCAUACCUCCCGAAGAUGUGGAUGACCAGGAUGACAAUUCGCCCGUGGACCGACGCUCGUCGAACUAUGUCACUCGGCCUGCCUUUAGCCUGCCUCUGAUGACGAACAACUUCCGUCGCUUCAAUGCACGCAUCGGUAUUGUCUUCGUCUUUCAAAACCGACUCAUCCGGCUCUUCACCUGGCGCUCACCCACCCACACCUUAUCUUUUCUCGCCACCUACACCUUCGUUUGUCUCGACCCGUACCUCCUGGCAGUCGUCCCACUUGCGGUAGCUUUGCUAUUCAUCAUGGUGCCAGCUUUCACAUCGCGACACCCACCUCCGCCACCACAAAAGACUGUGUCCAGCACCACGCCGUACUACCAACAAGCCUAUACCGGCCCCGCGCUGGCCCCAGCCCCAACCAUCAGGCCGGCCAGUGAGACAUCGAAAGACUUUUUCCGUAACAUGCGAGACCUCCAAAACAGCAUGGCGGACUUUAGCAACAUUCACGAUGCUAUGGUCAAAAGCGUCGCACCUGCAACCAACUUUAGCAAUGAGACCUUCUCAUCCCAACUCUUCCUAGUUCUUACUAUCCUUGCCACCCUGUCAUUCAUCACGGCGCACCUUCUUCCAUGGCGUCUCAUAUUCCUCCUGUUUGGUUGGGGCUUCAUAGUCUCCAGCCACCCGACAGUGCAGAUAUGGUUGACCAAAAUGCAACAGCAGGCCGAGAAGCAAGCGACGCAGACCCUAGACGAAGAUCAGCUCAACCGCCAGCAGUACUUGUACGGGAUUCCAUUUCCUACCACUGUAGUAGCGAUUCAAUUCGCAUUCACUUCAUUUUCCGAAAUCACGCUCUCAAGUAAUCCUGAGAUGCGUGAAGUUGAGAUAUUCGAGCUCCAGCACCGUCCUCUGCAGUCGAGCACGAGCGGCAACUCCGCGGUUGCUUCAGAAUGGCAGCCUCACAUGUUCACGCCGUCGCCAUACGACCCGCUUUCGCCGGCCCGUAUCGCCGGCGACCGGCCACGCGGGACACGGUUUUUCGAGGAUGUCACGCCGCCUGAGGGAUGGGAAUGGGCGAGCAAGAAGUGGGAACUCGACCUCGAGCCCGGCGAGUGGGUGAACGAGCGCCUCAUAGUGGGCGUUGAGUACGACGUGUUGCAGCAGGGGCAGGACGUUAUUUCCGACGACCCACAACUGACAAGAAAGGACGACAUCACUACCACCGGUACCGCGACUAGUGCCGGCACUGGCAUUGACAUCAGCACCAACCGCCGCGACAGCGUCAACCUGGACUUUGGCGGAUGGGUGUGGGAUCUGCCUCCGGCGCUGGGGAGCGGAGUGAACCGUGAUGACGACCUGUGGCUGGCGUACGGCGACUACGACGUCCCAUCUAUUGGCGGGGAGGACGAGAAAGGAAGGAAGAAAAAGGAUAAGGAUAAGGCUCGCAAGGCGAAUCGGUCUAAAGACUGGGAGGAGGCUACGCGGCUAGACAGUCGGGGCCGCACAGGUGAGUGGCGGCGCAGGAGGUGGGUGAGGCUGGUCAUGCGAAAAGCUGUGGAUGGGACGGAAUGA